UGUGGUCUCGGAGUGGAGUUCCGGGCCAGGGCUGGUUGCCGGCAGCGGCUACCAGUGGCAGUUCUCGGUCUUCCCUCAGCGGUGGCCGCUCCGAGACAGCAUCUGUCAACCCUCCUCCUGUCCCCUCCUCCUCUGGCCGGCCCCGGCUCCGCUGGCUGCGGCCGGGAGGACGCGGGACCCGCGUGGUGAGCCCUUCAGCUGUCAGGCGGGCGGCGAAGCGGCCCGAGGGCGGCGAGAGACACACAAAGAACGCGGUGGGCGGCGGCGGCGAAAAGGGGUGGCAUAUUCCGGACCGCAAGUCCGCUCGGGCUUGGUCCGAGGCCGCGGAGACAAUGCGGCCGGGAUUGGCCCAGCGCGCCUUGGAGUGAGGGGCGCCUGCGCUCCCCCGACCCCAAUCUGACCGUCUCCCGGCUCGCCCAGCCCCCUCCCGGGAAAGGGGCGCCCCCUCGCUCCGGCGGCCGGACAAGGAAGUCGGUCCGCGGCCGCCAAACCCGGCAACUUGCGAGCCGGGAAAAGUUUGCGGCGCCUCCGCGGGGCGGCGCGGCAUGGCCCGCCCCUCGCGUCCGCGGUCAUCGCGGGUGACUUUCUCGACUUGUCGUCAGCCGGGGCCGCAGCGCGGCCGGCGGGGACUGCGAGGAGGGCCGGAGUCCGUCGGAGGGCACCGGCACCCCGGGUUGCGGAUGUCAGGGGCUCUACUGGGCAUUUUCUCUUCUCAUGAAACUUAGAGCAACACAAGUUGAUUUAAAUAUAUAUAUGCAUCAUAUAGAUACUCAAAAAUAUUUGUGGAAUAAAAUACACAGGCAGAAAUAAUUAAAAAUCUAUCAUGACCAUCCUUAAGAGAAUUAUGAUUAUGCUUCAGUGGAAAGAAAGAAGGUAUCAAAGAACUGGCAGAGAAACAACUGAGUUCCAAUAACUAGUCUGAAAGUUUAUACUUUAAAAUAGGAAUACACAUUUGGAAAGAGACAAGGACAAGUGAUAGGGUUUCUAGGAGAAAGAUAGCAUUAUUGAUUUGACAUAAUACAUUUUAUGACCUAGUUUUGUUUGAAAAACACAAACCUUUGAAAGGGUAUGUUCCUUAAAUAAUGAGUAGCUGUUUGCAUUGUGAUUAGAUGUCUAAUUAAAUGGCCUAAUCAUAACUCAGAUCAUUUGAGUGCUGUCUGAUUUUUAAACUCAUUUUUAAAAUAACCUGAAAUGAAAACCUUUAAGUUCAGUUACAUGAAGGAAAGUGUACUUUUUGAAAUCAACUAAAUCUGCAGCAAAGAAAAUUAUCAUCAAUCUUAAACUAAAUGUAAAUUAAGCCCAGGAAAUAGCAUCUUGCCAAGAAGGUCUUUCCUCUAGAUAAGCACUGGGUGUAUAAGACAUCUAUGGUAGAUUGCAGUGAGGUAUUCUGCUAUUCCUGAGGGCCCUGUGUAAUAUGUAUAGACUAUUUGGUGACAUCAGGAAUAAUCUAAGGCCUCAACAUUUCUGGGAAGCAUACUGCCCUUAUUUAAAAGUGACCACUCAACUUAAAACCUACUAUUGAUAUUUGAACAAGCUGGGUUUUUUAAUUCUAGGAUAUAUGUUCUCCUCUGUGCAGAUUUGCUAGUUUGGCAGUUUUGUAAGAGGUUAGAGCAGUGUGUGAGAGCAUGGUCCUUAGACCAUCUGUAUCACAGUCACCUAUAGUUCUUGGAAAACGUCAAACCCCCAGACACCUCCCAUACUUAGAGAAUCAGAAUGUCUGUUAGCAAAAUCUGUGUAUUCUAACAAGCUCCUUCCAAAAUGAGAGUUAAU